AUGGCAGGCGGUGCUCCAGGGUCAAGCUCCCGCGGUCGCGGCGGCAAAUUCAAGAAGUACACACGCGGAGGCGGCAAGCAUUUCUCGCGCGAUCUCCGGCCCCUCGAUGCCGACGGCAACGAAAUCAGCAUGUGGAGCGCAGACGCGCAGAAGAAGUUGGGGGCGUCUGACGAGGACAGCGAGGGAGACUUCGAGGAGGAGGAGUCUGAGGAGGAAUCCGGCGAUGACGCCGGCCCGUCGACACAAACCCAGUCCGCCGCCGAGCUGAGCCGUGAGGAGCGCAGGAAGGAGAAGAAGGCGCGCAAGGAGGCGGCCAUCGCCAGGGCCAAGAAGCCCGUGCAGGUCGGCGACCUGCCGCCGAGCGACUCGGAGGACGAGGACGAGGACGAGGACGACGCCCCCAUGCCCGCCAACCCGAACCACUCGCGCCAGGCCCGCAACCAGACUAAGCAGGCAGCGAGCGUCGACGAGGCCGCGGAGGGAGUCAAGAAGCUGAGCGUCGCCCCGAGCAGGCGUGAGCGCGAGGCAAUGGAGGCGCAGGCGGCCAAGGAGAGGUAUCGCAAGCUGCACGAGGCUGGCAAGACGGACGAGGCCAAGGCGGACCUCGCUCGCCUGAAGCUGAUCCGGGAGAAACGAGAGGCCGAAGCAGCCCGGAAACAGGUAUGCCACACUCAUUGUUAA